AUGUCGACCUUCGGAUCUAAGCCUGCAACUGACCUUGCCAAGCUUCAACCUCUUGACGGCCUAAACUAUCGUCGUUGGGCAGUCAAGACGCUCAUACACUUCAAAUCUGCUGAGCUAGAAUACGUGUUCACGUAUGUCCCUAAACCUGCUGAAACCAAAACUGGUGAGUCUUCUAAUCCUCAACCAGAUGGCGACUCCCCUAGGACCCCUGGUUCUAUUCCUCGACCACCUGUCGCAGCUGACAAGUCCCAAGACAUCCGGGCUAAGUUCGAGCGGGACAACAAAACCGUUCGUGGUAUCCUGCUGCACCAUAUGUCUGACAACCUGUUAGACAUAUAUGCUAAAUACAAAUCUGCAAAGGAGAUUUGGAACAUGCUCAAAAGGAAGUAUGGCGCUGAUGAUGCUGGCCGGAGAAAGUACACCGUUGGGCGCUGGCUCAACUAUCACAUGGUAGAUACGAAACCAGUUAUCGAGCAAGUGCACGAAUAUGAGAACCUGGUGUCCGACCUUGAAGCUGAACUAAUUCCGGUAAGUGUAAUGCUACAAACCUAUGCCUUACUUGAGAAGCUGCCAGAACCCUGGGGAGAGUUUCAAAACAAAGUGAAUCACGAGUCCAAGGAUUAA